AUGCCCGGCAGACUCCCACGCCUAUCUAGAACCUUCACUUCUCAAAUUCGACCUCUCAGGUCUUCUUGCCAACAACCACAACGGCAUUUCAUACUGACGCCUCCAAUUAAGCUCUGCAAGCCCACGCAAUUACUCCAACCUGUAUUUCGCUACGGUCUACGCCAUUUACACACCAACCCAGCCAUGGACUCCAAAGCCCCUUCCAAUGGGACGUCAGCUCCCAAGCCAGUACUCUUCUUUGAUAUCGAUAAUUGCCUAUACCCCAGAAGCUCAAGAGUCCAAGACCACAUGGCCCAACUCAUCGACGAGUACUUUGCAAAACACCUCGCCCUCUCAUGGGACGAUGCGGUGAAGCUACACAAGGAAUACUUCACUAACUACGGUCUUGCCAUUGAGGGCUUGGUGAGGCACCACCAAAUCGACCCCCUAGAGUACAACUCAAAAGUCGAUGAUGCUCUACCUUUAGAGAACAUUCUCAAGCCCAACCCCGAACUAAGGCAACUACUGGAAGACGUCGACAAGAGCAAGUGCACUAUGUGGCUUCUGACAAACGCUUAUGUCAACCACGCCAAGCGCGUGGUGAAGCUGUUGGGAAUCGAAGACCUCUUCGACGGUCUGACUUUCUGCGACUACGGACAGCAGCCGCUGAUAUGCAAACCCGCCAAGGAGAUGUAUCUCAGAGCCAUGAAGGAUGCGGGCGUCGAGAAGAUGGAGGAUUGUUAUUUCGUUGAUGACUCGUACCUGAAUUGCCAAAAGGCCCAAGAGUACGGCUGGAACGUGGCGCAUCUGGUGGAGGAAGGGUUGCCUGUACCAAAGACACAGGCAUCCAAGUACCAAGUCCGGCACUUAAGGGAGCUGCGGGAGGUCUUCCCCCAAUUCUUCAAGUCGAAGAAGGCUUAG